AUGGGUCUAGAUAAAAGAAAACUGAAUAAGGUCGAACACCCGUUGCAAGGGUUCUUGGACACCCCGGUUAAAGUAGAAGGGUCGGUUGAGCUGUCGAUAAGGGCAGACGCUGGAGACCGUCAGGUAACAGUUAUGAUCAACUUCCUAGUAGUAGACAUCACUUUAGCGUACAACGCCAUACUAGGGAGAGUCGGCUUAAACUUAUUAAAAGCUGUCGUCUCCACACCACACCUCAAGAUGAAGUUCUCAACUAAGAAUGGGGUUGGGGAGUGUCGAGUUGAUCAAGAGGCAUCUCGAAAGUGCUAUGCCACCACCUUAUGGGGAAAGGGAAAGGCAGGUGAAGCACUCCUGAUAGAAGAUUUACGUGAUGAUACAAAUUAUCAGAGGGGAGAACUGACAGAGGAGCUGAUACAAGUUGAAGCCAAAGAAGGGGAUAGUACUCGCCAAUUCCAAGCAGAAAGGACUUGGACAUUGUAUGUGGAUGGUGCAUCCAAUAGUGCCGGGAGCGGUGCUGGGAUCAUACUUGUUAGCCCUGAAGGAUUCAAAAUCGAGUGUGCAAUACAGUUCAACUUCGAUGCCUUCAACAAUGAAGUGAAUGGGGACUAUAAAGCUAAGGAACAGAGAAUGGCCAAGUACUUAAAGACAAUGCGAGAGAAAGCAACAACCUUCAAGGAGUUUGAGGUAAAGCAUGUGCCGUGGGCAGAGAAUGCCAGCGUAGACGUGCUGUCACAAUUGGCCACCUUUGACUUCACAGCCCUUGGACGAUCGGUGUAUUUUGAAGUAUUACCCCAACUAAGUACCGAAGAGCCUUAUGAGGUAUUAUCCGUUGGUGAGCACGGCCCUAGCUGGAUGGAUGCCAUAAUCGAAUACCUGAAGGAAGGAACACUCCCCAAGGACAGGGACGAGGCAAGGAAGAGUCAAGCCUACUCUGAUGGACUCCAUUGUUAUGGCAAUAGAUCUCUCUUGCUCAAGAAAAUUGGGCUUCGCUAUUCCCACUCGUCCUACUCCGUUCACGUUACAAUGAUCAUGUUCCGGCCAUGUUACAAUGAUCCUGCUCUAGCGAAGUUACAACGGUGCAAGCUUUCAUUGGGCAAUUUCGACAGAGUUGGAAUUGGUGGAAUUUUCAGAGAUCAUAUGAGAGAUGCAAUUCAGUUUGUAUCUAAGAGAUUAGAUGUUUCUUCGCUAUACUUAUUCUCCAUUGAGUGGAAGAUUUCUCGGCUAUAA